AUGAGCAUCCUGGUCCGCCUGGGCAUCCGCCGGCCUCACCCCUGGGACCCGCCCACGGCGUUGGACAAGCUCCUGGACGGGCCGCUGCACCACCUCGUCGCCGCGGCCCACUCCUUCCUGGUGCGGCUGCGCGGGACGCCCUUCGCCCUCCCCGCCGGCCGGCCCCGGAUCCGAGUGGUGUGCAUAUCCGACACGCACGAGCACACGCUCGGCAGCGUGCCCGACGGCGACCUGCUCAUCCACGCCGGCGACCUGACGAGCUCGGGCACCGUCGAGGCCAUCCAGCGGCAGCUCGACUGGCUCGGCUCGCUGCCGCACCAGCACAAGGUCGUCGUCGCCGGCAACCACGACACGUGGCUCGACCCC